AUGUGCAACUGCAAGUAUCUCUCAUUCCUCUCUAAAAUGGCAACAUUUUUAUGGGCUUGUGUUUCUACCUUCUGCAUUUUAUUCAUCGCUGCCAACGCGCAAGCACCCGCAGCUUCACCUUCUAAUACCCCAUCGACGACGUCUCCACCACCUACUACACCAGCCGCCCCAGCAUCACCACCACCUGCAGCUGUAGCCACACCGUCAGUUGCCCCAACCACUCCACCACCCGCUUCAAGCCCGAAAACUCCACCACCACAACCUCCAGUAAGCCCACCCGUUGCAAGUCCAACCCUACCGCCGGCUUUACCACCAGCCUUACCUCCACCACAACCACCCCCCACGCCAACGCAGCAGCCAGCACCGGCCCCUGUAGUAAAACCACCAGCACCAGCACCGGUAGCACCUGUACCAGUUGCACCACCUGUGGCGCCACCGACACCUCCACCGGCUUUACCACCACCGGUCCCAGCACCAGUGGAGGUACCUUCGCCCGCACCAGCACCGGCCAAGCACAAGAAAAGAAGGCACAGACACAGGCAUCAUCAUGCACCAGCACCGGCACCGGUGGUUGUUGUUAAAAGCCCUCCGGCACCACCAACCUCCACAGACACAGAGGACGCAGCACCGGCACCCUCACCUACCUUAAAUUUGAAUGGCGGCAUCUCACUUCAUCAGCUUGGAAGAACCAGAAUGCAGGUGACCGCCGGAUCGGCCCUGGCUACGCUGUUGGUUGUCAGCGGAUUUUUCUUCUAAAUUUAUGCAAGAAGCAGACUCUUGUAGAUACACUGUGGGACCAUUUUGGCAUUGGAGAAAGGCAUAUUGGCAUACAGAAGAGGAUCAGAGCAUCAGAGCAGUUUUACCUAUAUGAUAUUCAUUCUUUAUCUCCAAAAUGUUUUACUAUCAUUUUAUAAAUUUUAAAUUUGUUAAAUUUGUCAUCA